AUGAGAAAUGGAGCAGGAAAAGGUGGUGGCGAUAGCACGGACAGGAUCCAGAAUGAAAUGCCUACUGUACAGAGCAUGUUACAGAGAAAGAGGCCACAAACAGCCACGAGCCGCACUUUCGUACAUCCUGAAGGGAAAUGGAGUACUGGGUCACAACGGGAUAGGUCCAGUAGCUGUUCUUUGGCGACAGAAAAAGCACAGCACGCGGCAGCGCUCAAUGGCGCUAGGAAAUCACGUUAUGUCAAAUUUGAAUCUCGUUUUACUUUUUCGCAUAACAAUCCUAAAUACUACUUCGAGCUGCCUGCACAGCCUGCCACAGGAUGGUGGAAAGCUCUUGUGAAGCAUCGGAGGCAAUCGCCUGCAUUUGUUGAGCGUUUGUGCAAAAACCUCGACAUAUUACUGCCAGACACACUUUAUGCAACAUCUACCGAAUGCUACUACAUAACGAACAAUUCCCUGGCCCUAACUUCGGAUAGCUCGUCUUCACAAAGUCUGUCUCUCCCUGAAAAUGCCUGGAGUGGCUGGAUAAUAAAGGAAGACUUCACUGCCUCUAAACUUUUUGAGAAGAAUGCGGCACUCUACCUGGCCUCGUCAGGGUUCCCUGGCGGCAAAAUGAUGCGGCGUUCAGCCCCCCAAUCCCUGCGGAGUGACCAACGUCGUACAAUCCAAAUGGCAAUGGCUGUUCCAGCAGCUGUGGUGAAACAACAACACUACGCAGCGGCAAAUCGGAAUAUCACGAAAGCGCUUGAUCUUUCCAGCACGGCUGCCUUUCUAGCAGAUUCAUCGUCAGAGCGUCUUGUCCAAGUGCGUCAUUAUUAA